AUGGAUGGUUGGCCACAGACAAAGCCUGAAACGCCCUUAGAAAUUCGACCUUAUUGGAGUUACAGAGAUGAAAUAAGCGGUUAUGAUGGCUUGAUGUUUAAAGGAGAUCGUGUAAUUGUUCCACAUGUUCUUAGACCAGAAAUGUUGGAUCGGAUACAUGCAGCUCAUUUUGGAAUCGAGAAGUGUAAAGCACGGGCGAGAGGUUCAGUGUUCUGGCCUGGAAUGAAUAGUGCAAUUGAUGAAAUGGUGUCAGAAUGCAGAACAUGUUUACAAUUUCAGCGAAGGAAUCAGAGGGAGUCGUUGAUGCCGCAGGAAAUUCCAGAGAGGCCGUGGUCAACCGUUGCAGCGGACAUAUUUUAUUAUAAAGGAAGAGACUAUUUAUUGGCAGUCGAUUAUUUCUCGAAGUAUCCUGAAGUAACAAGGAUAAAUCACAAGAAUAGUGAAGCCGUCAUCUUGGCAAUGAAAGAAAUGUUUGCCCGUCAUGGCAUUCCAGAAAAAAUUAUAGCUGAUAAUAUGCCUUUCAACAGCCUUAGAUUUAGAGACUUUGCUAGAGAGUGGGAAAUUGAUGUGGUGACAAGCAGCCCACACUAUCCGCGUUCAAAUGGGCUCGUGGAAAGAAACGUUCAGACAAUUAAGCGUCUGUUGAAAAAAUCAAAUGAUUCGAAACAAGAUGCAUUUUUAGCCUUGUUGGAGUUCCGUAAUUCUCCAAUUAGUGGUAUGGAACAAUCGCCUGCAGAACUGUUGAUGAGUAGAAAAUUGAGAGCUAAGUUACCAAUUCCUAAGCAUCUUCUUAAACCUAAGUCACAGCCAAUCAACGAUGUUCGCCAGAGAUUGAGAGUACGUCAGUUGCGUCAGAAAGCAGCAUAUGAUCAGGGAACGAAACAGUUAUCCAGUUUACAGCCAAACGAGUCGGUGAGGAUUCGACAGGGAGGCGUAUGGAAUCCAGCCGUGGUCGUUGAACAACAUAAAUCACCUCGUUCGUACAUUGUGGCAACUUCAAAUGGAACUCAGUUACGCAGAAAUCGCCAGCAUCUAAUGCCAACUAACGAACCACCAAUGAUUAUUACACCACCAAUGGAACCUGUCGGCGAAGAAGAACGUUGUUCAGGUAUAGCUCCGAGUACCGUACGUUCAACAGUUCGUUCUCCAGUUAUAUUCCCGAGUACAGAAAUAGAGGAAGAACACGUACGAACACCAUUGAGAAGAAGUACAAGAGUUCGAAGGGCACCUUCCCGAUUGAUUGAGAACAUCUAG